GCGCGAGAGUAAGACAUUAUUGCAAUAUUAAUUACACUGUUUGCUAAGCGCAUUCGGCAUCAUAAGUCUUGCAAAAUUGGGAAAAUAAUGGCUCAAGUUGGAAUUAAAAUUAUUUACUUCUUUUCAAUAUUCUGCCUUGUCGGGAAAGCAUCGGCGGAAUUAAGCCCGGAAUUUGUCUAUGACGCGUUGUCAAGGAGAAUAGAUUUUGUAAUUCAAGUAACAAACAGCAUAAAAUCCGACUUGGCAUAAACAAAAUUAGUUGUGAACAGAGUAGAAAAGAAGAUCGAAGAUAUCCAAGCUAAUAUGUCGGCUAGUAACAUUGACGCGGACAAAAAUCAGGAAGAAAAAUCUCAAUCCCUGAUAAAUGAUAAAAUUAAGAAUGUGCAAGACAUUUCUGAAUCUUUGAUCAAUACUGAAAUGAAGAGACAAUCAGUAAUAGCACAGAAAAUGCUCUACACUGAGAAAAAACAUUUGCGGGAAAUAGUACAGAAGUUUGAGGACAAAUUUGCGAAGUUUGAAUCAGAUAUGAAAUCUCAAAUGACACUUAUGAAUGUCUCGUUGGAUAACUCUGUUGACAGUCUUGAACAAUCAAUGACUAAACACAAGAUAGAGACUAACACUUCGCUCGUUUUGAUGAACACCGAUCUCCAAUAUAUGAUGAACGAAACAGACCUGCAGAUAGAAACUAUGAACGUUGAAUUCCGAAACAUGAUGGAAGAUUCGGACAUGAUAAUGAAAAAUAAAACCGACAUAAAACUAAACGAGGUAAGGCAAGAACUAGAAGACAAAUCAAAAAAAUCCUUAGACAAAAUCCGAGAAGUACAAACUUCUCUAACUAGAACAAGCUUAGAUUUGCAAACUGCGAAAAGUGGGAUCAACUCUCGCCUGAAUAACGCGGAGAGCCGAUUAAGUUCAAUGUCGUCAAAGUUUACCUCCCUUGAAAGGGAACAAGGCAGCCAAGAGGACAACUUUGACUAUCGAAUCAGUCAGCUGAGCAGUAGAAUUUCAAAGGAAGAAGCAAGAAAGGUUGCAUUUUCUGCGAGCCUUGAUACAAAACAAAGCUACUAUGGUAAAAACGAAAGGAUAGUAUUUGAUGAAGUUAUAUAUAGUCAUGGUGGAGGCUACAGCUCAUCAACGGGGAUUUUCACAGCACCGAAAUCUGGAACCUACUUGUUUACGUAUAAUAUACAAUCUACCGGCGAUGGUAUUGCACAUGUGCUUUUGAUGGUGCGUGGGUAUAUCAAAGCUAGAGCCAUUGCAGCUGAAGGCACUAACGAAACAGGGGGAAAUGUAGGUAUAGCAUAUCUCUGGUCUGGUGAUAAAGCUUGGAUAGAAACUUCAAGCUUGAAAGACAAGUAUUAUAUCUAUCCUUACAGGACAACAUUCAAUGGUAUUUUAAUUGACUGAUAUCGUCGAAAUUAAGAAACGCUGAUGUAAUCACUACCUUUGCAUUCACAGCAGAUGACAGUCUAGAGAAUGAUAUGAGACGGAAUAUUAUUGUAAAUUAAAUAAUACAGCAAAAUAAUGUUUUACUUAGAUUAAUACACUAAAAUCGAUUAUACGUCGCCGUGAAAUUGUUCAGCGGACGUAUAACCCCUUGUUCGUGUAUUAAUAACGUUAAAACAUAUUUUUCCAUACCUUAUAUCUUAAUUGCUGAGACUAUUUCAUCGCACUUGCCAUGUACAUAUGUCACUAAUAUCAUGUAUUAUGCCACUUAUGUCAUGUACUUAUGUCAAUGAUGUCAUGUACAUAUGUCAAUGAGUUCAGGUACACAUGUAGGUAUAUCACUUACGUUUGUUAGAAAAACAGUGUAAGUUAAGCCUUCAUAAUUAAUCCAUUUUAUUUCGAAAUAACAAUUAAAAGUAAUCAAUAAAUUGCUUGUUUUAUAACCUUUCCAUUGAUCAAAAAAUUAUUUAUGUAAUUUGUGUUUUAAGAGAGUUUAGACAGUUAGAAAAACAUCACUGUUUACAAAAAACAUGGACGGUCGGCUUCUGCCCACCCGAUCACUGUCUUAUCAGUUCUAAAAAUAGAAUUUGUAUACAAACACGAUCUCUCCUAUAUGUCAUAUCAUGUAAUCAUGUACGUAUACCACUAAUGUUGUAUACAUAAUUAUGUCAAUAAUGUCAUGUACAUAUCUCUAUAUCAUCAUUUGCACAUAUGUCGGUAGUGACGUGUACAUUAUUUAUCACAUACAUGUUUUAUAUAUUUUGUACUGUAUAUUAUACAUCUAUAAAAGAUAGAAUUUA